GAUCAUGUCUCCAACGUCAUUUCCAAAUUAUCCUACUUACCCACAUGAACGCCACCUUCGGCAACCUCGACCUCCUUCGUCAGAUCACAUCGUUUCAGCGGGGUAUGCCACUGGACUUGCAGCCGUUCCACGCGUUUGUCCAAUGCCACUACAUCAACCGCGGUCGCAGUCCGCGGCACUCGAGCGUGUGUCCCAACUUCCUCCUUCGACGAGACCCGGAAUUCCUCCACCUCCAGCUCCAAGCGUUCGGUGCCAUCUUUACGCCGUGGUUUGCUGGCAGGGAGGCCGCGGCAGACAUUCCUCGCCUGCUCUGCGUGUCCGAGAAGCUGAACCUGGUUCUCCUUCAUUGGACCAUCCAAUACAACCACAUCGAGCUGCUCCACUACAUCCACGCAACGUACCACAUUGAAACGUACGUCCACCCGACGGCCAUCGCGGCGUCCCGCGGGUCGCUUCCUGUGAUCAAGUACCUGCACGAGGCCAACUCGGGCGAGUUUUUCCCGUAUACGAUGGACUGGGCGGCGCAAGGCGGUCACUUGGACUUGGUGGAGUUUCUGCAUUUCCAUCGAUCUGAAGGCUGCACCACGAGUGCGAUGGACAUGGCCGCGCGGUUUGGACAUUUCAAUGUAGUGAAGUUCCUGCACGCGCACCGCACAGAAGGGUGCACGACCGUCGCCAUGGACCAAGCGGCAGCGUUCGGACAUGUCGAAAUUGUGAAGUUUCUGCACACCUACCGGACCGAAGGGUGCACGACCAACGCCCUGGACAGCGCGUGCUCGGGUGGACACUUGGACAUGGUGAAGUUUUUGCACUUCCACCGCCACGAAGGGUGCACCACCAGCGCGUUCAACUCGGCCUGUUGUGGUGGCCAUUUGGAGAUUGUGAAGUUUCUGCAUGCGCAUCGCACAGAAGGAUGCACGCACCGCGCGAUGGAGUCGGCGGCCGAGUGCAAGCGCUACGACGUGUGUCUGUACCUGUCGGAGCAUCUGCCCCAUCUUGUCAACAGAUCCAACAUCACAGUCGUGAUGGCAGUGGGAGAAGCUAGCUGGAGACAAUCCGAAGCGCUCAAGAAGGAAGCCGCCGCUCGAUUGAUCAAGCAGAAAGAACAAGAGGCGGUGCCUGGGCCUCGACUACUCACGUCCCCUUGGUCGCAACUGCUCUCGACAAGUGUGCAACGAGGGGUGGUGGCCUUGAUGCAGAGCUUGGUGAAAUAA